AUUAAUUGGUCGUGCGCGGGAGCGCGUGCGAGGACGCGCACGCAACGCCGGUGUGUGGGUGCGGGCGCGCGCGCGCCUGGAUUUUCCCACAAUUCUCUUGGAGCUGGUGGCGCGGCGCGGCUUGCGUCUGAGGGCGGAGUGUGUGUGAGUGAGUGAGCGAGCGAGUGAGCGAGCGAGCCGCGCUGUCAGGGAACACAAGCCGUAGCACGGCGCGUGCAACCCGCGUAACCAGCCCAGCGAGGAACGUCUUCGUACUGCAUAAUUUACCAUGACAACCGAAUCAGGGACGGACUCUGAGGCCAAGCAGCACCAGCAGCAGCAAGAGGAGAGUACGGGGGCUCCCAAAGAGAACCCGAAAGCCGCCGAAGCCGCCUCGCCUCAGAACCACCCCGAGCAGCUUCCUGCCGCUGUUGGACACAGCACGCCGGCCAGGAAAGAACAGGAGACGCAAGAAGACGACCAAGAUUCCCGCCAGUCAUCCACCAGUCGUCUUUCCAGGUCUCCUUUAAAAGGAGUGAAGAAGGUGAAGAUCAUGCAGUGUAAGGUGACAUUGCCAGAUGGCUCCGACUACACUCUGAACGUGGAGAAGCGGAUCAAGGGCCAGGUUCUCUUCGACAAAGUGUGCGAUCACCUCAAUCUGUUGGAGAAGGACUACUUUGGAAUGACAUACAGAGAUCUGGAGAAACAGAAGAAUUGGCUGGAUCCUACCAAAGACCUGAAAAAGCAGAUCAGGACUGGCCCCUGGAACUUUGCAUUUAAUGUAAAGUUUUACCCUCCAGACCCCUCCCAGCUGACAGAAGAUAUCACAAGAUAUUACCUGUGCCUGCAGCUCCGAGACGAUGUGGUCUCGGGCCGCCUUCCCUGUUCCUUUGCCACCCACACCGUCCUGGGGUCGUACACGGUACAGUCAGAGCUGGGCGACUACGACCCGGAGGAGCUGGGCAGUGACUACGUCAGCGAGUUGCGCUUCGCACCCAACCAGACCAAAGAGCUGGAGGAGAAAGUCAUGGAGCUCCACAAGACCUACAAGGGGAUGACGCCGGCUGAAGCCGAAAUGCAUUUCCUGGAAAAUGCAAAGAAGCUGUCCAUGUACGGUGUGGAUCUGCACCACGCUAAGGACUCUGAGGGCGUGGAGAUCAUGUUGGGAGUGUGCGCCAGUGGUCUUCUCAUCUACAGGGACAGGUUGCGCAUCAACCGGUUCGCCUGGCCCAAAAUCCUCAAAAUCUCCUACAAGAGGAAUAACUUCUACAUCAAAAUCCGGCCCGGCGAGUUUGAGCAGUUUGAAAGCACCAUCGGCUUCAAGCUUCCCAACCAUCGUGCUGCCAAACGGCUCUGGAAGGUUUGCGUUGAACACCACACCUUCUUCAGGCUCGUGUCUCCAGAGGCGCCCCCAAAGAAGUUUCUCACCCUCGGUUCCAAGUUCCGCUACAGCGGCAGGACGCAGGCCCAAACCCGAAGGGCGAGCUCCCAGAUUAUGCGACCCGCCCCCUUCUUCGAGCGCUCCGCCAGCAAACGUUACAACAUGUCGCGCAGCUUGGACGGAGCACCCAUCACGGAGAACCACGAGAGUCUGAUGAAGGACAGCGACGGCGACACCAAUGCCAGGGGAGAUAUCAUCACGACGGUGACCGCCGAGAAGAAGGCUGAGGAAGAGAAGGCAGAGCAGGAGGAUGCCUGCGCCGAGACGACGGAACCUGCCGCCGGCAGUGUGAUGCCGCUCAGACAAGAACCUAAGGACACAGAACCCCCCACUGAGAUGGUCAAGCACCACACCAACAUCAGCGAGCUGAAGCGCUCCUUCCUGGAAACGGACGCCGGCGUCCCAGGUCUCACCGAGUGGGAGCGAAGGCUCUCCUCGUCCCCGGCGCACUCGGCACGAGCGGAUGAGCCCCCCAUGAUAGAACCUCUCGACCUGCGGGAUGAUGACAGCGAGGAGCCCACCGGAGAUGAGAGGAAGGCGGAACCAAAAGUCAUUGAGGCAGCGGGAUAUCUGCUGAAUUGCACUGCAGAUAGUACAGUAGCGGAUGGAGCGCCCCCUUCGGGGCCGCUGGAAAUUAGCCCGUCGGCUACGACAGACGACGACGUUUUCGUGGCUGAAGAGAAAACCCCCAGCUCCCAAGACGACUUGUCAGAGAAGUCCGUGGCGAAGCUCGUCAGGGAGGAAGUGACCCAGGCCAUCAUUGACAAAAGAGGCAUGCUCAUCAUCUUGAAGGAGGCCGAGGCGGAGACGGAAAAUCUCAUGAGCAAGAUGGAAGAUGCGACUCAGGUCAAAGGCUCUCCCAAGAAAGCAAUGGCCUCGUGGGUGUCGGAGGUGGCGAGGGCAGAGGAGUCUGAGGUCUUCCGCGUGCCGACCAAGGAGACGGCGAAGACCUUUGAGGAGACGGCGAAGACCUUUGAGCUGUCCAAGCUCGACGUGGCUCAGAUUGCACUCCCCGGGACGGCGCCCUUAGCAGUGUCGACUCUCGGAUGGGUUUCUUCUUCUGUGACUUCCGAAAAGGCAUCAACUGAAAAGGAGCAGAAAAUCCUCGUUGCCACAGAAACAAUCGCAGCACCACAAGACUGUACAGGUACCGAAGGGGGCAUGGUGUGCCCCAAGGAGACCCCCGUGGUUCAUACUGAGACCAAAACCAUCACAUACGAGGCUGCAGUGGGCGACAUGAACGGCGACACAGACCCCGGGGUGUUACUGAGCGCCCAGACCAUCACCUCGGAAACCACCAGCACCACCACCACCACACACAUCACGAAGACUGUGAAAGGAGGCAUUUCAGAGACAAGAAUUGAGAAACGGAUCGUCAUCACGGGAGACUCAGACAUCGACCACGAUGAGGCUCUGGCUCAGGCCAUAAAGGAGGCUAAAGAGCAGCAUCCUGACAUGUCAGUGACCAAAGUAGUGGUACAUAAAGAGACAGAGAUCACAGCAGAGGAGGGGGAGGACUGACCCAGGAGUAACCGCGACAUCCCAGAAUUCCACAUUUAAAGGCGGGACCUGAAACUUCUUCUUCUCCUCUUCUUCCUCCUCCUCCUUUUCCAGCUUGCCCACUAGUCUCAAUCAUCCAACCUGCAGAUGUAAAAAAGAAAAAAGGAACGCAUGCGGCGAAGGAGGCGAUACGGCAUUAUUGAUAUCACCAUCUUACACCCAUAUGAGAUUAUCCCAGAAAGCUGUACGAUUUAAAAGUAAUAAUUAAAGCAAGUUGCUUUCACUGCCUUA